UCACAAAAAAAUAUUGAUGCAGCAGUAGCGUGUUGCAGUGUUAUUUUAUUUUAAAAAUAUUAUAAGAUAAAAUAUCCCCAUGGCGUCCACUUCUAAGGAUAUUCCAACGAGUGCCAAGCCAGAAAAUGUUCCUGACGAUCUUGAGCCUGGCGCCUGUACCGAAAGCAUCCUCAAUCCUACUGAUUCCUUUGAGGAGUUUGCCACAGAAAUGAGCUCCAGUCUUGAAGAAAGAAAAACUUUAACUGCAAAAUCGAGUACAAUUAGUGAGAUUCAAAGUGAAAUAGGUGAAAGUUCAAAAGAAACACUGAGAGAAACAAAAUCUAGUGACAAUUUGCAAAGUAAAGAUGAAUCUAUGUCAGCAUCUGCAAGCAGCACCAACAUAGCAGACGAGAAUGGUGAGGACACAGAUGGUGAACGGGAAGAUUACCUACAUUCACCAGAACUGGUGAAUAAAGAGAAACAUGUGUUCAUACUGAGCACUGCAGGGAAACCUAUCUAUUCCAGAUAUGGUAAUGAAGACAAACUCGCAGGUUUGUGCGGCGUCAUACAGGCGCUGGUCAGUGUGGUGGAGGAACAGAACCAGGAUAUCUUGAGAUCCAUCAGUACAAAGGAUUGUAAGGCCAUCUUCCUUGUCAAGGGGCCUUUGAUACUGGUCGCUGUGUCCAAGUCAAAUGAAAGUGAACCACAACUGGUCCUGCAGUUAACGUACGCCUUCAACCAAAUAGUAUCAGUCUUAACAUUAACACAGCUAAACAGGAUAUUCGAACAGCGUCGAAAUUAUGACUUAAGACGACUCCUCUCCGGGGCAGAACGUCUUAUCGACCAUUUACUUAUAUUCAUGGAAAAAGAUCCUGCUUUCUUACUGGGUGCAGUCCGAUGUCUACCAUUACCGGAGAAAGCGAGAGAAAAUAUAACUAAUGCUAUAACUUCAACAUGUAAUAAAAUAAGGGAUCUGGUAUUCGCUAUAUUGAUUGCUGGGAAUCAGUUGAUAACUUUGGUCCGUAUGAAAAAGUAUACAUUACAUCCAUCUGAUAUUCACUUGCUGUUCAAUUUGGUGAGGAGUUCUGAGUCUUUUAAGACUGCGGAGAGUUGGACGCCUAUAUGCUUACCUAAAUUCGACGCCACGGGGUUUCUUCAUGGCCACGUCUCGUACAUUUCUGAGGACUGCCAAGCCUGCCUGUUACUACUAACAGUUCAAAGAGACGCAUUCUUCCCCCUAUCCCAAGCUAAACACACUAUCGCAGAGAAACUAAGACGUUCCAACUGUCUAGUCGCUAUAAACGAUGCAUUAAACAGAAAUAAGGAACUGCCCACAACAAAUCCGUUAAAACACAUUGGCAUACCAGAAAUAAGGCAUUUUAUGUACAAAUGUAAAUCAACUGCACAGCUUUUUUCAUCAGAUCCAAUCAGUUUGGAUAGGCUACAAGAUUACAGGUUACGGCAUAAAGAAGGUGGAGAUAUUAUGGAGAAGAAAAUAGAGAAAUUAUCAGAUAUGGACUAUGUUAGGAAUUACAGAAAAUUCUGCAGUCAAAUACAUUGUAGUUCGACACCAGCUAAAUUAAUAUUUAGGUCGAAUUCACAUGAUACUGUUUUAGCAUGGGUAACAAAUGGCUUUGAGCUGUAUGUAACAUUUGAUCCACUAAUGGAAAAGGACCACGCUAUACGGGCGGUUGACCGUCUCUUACAUUGGAUAAAGAAGGAAGAAGAAAGGAUAUUUAUUAUGCACGCUCCGACCUUCUAGCCAAAGUUGACACUAAGUGGUAUUAUAAAGAACACUAUAUCUCGCAGUGUUGAGAACAAUAAUUGAGUUAGAUAGAAAAAUUUAUAAAAGUAAUGUUACAUUUAUCAACCUUGCUUGUAAAGGGGCUCUUAUGGCACCAGUGUCAAAACUGUAAAGUAGAAUAUAACCACACGUGCGAUAAAAUAGUAUCGCACAGUUUGCUCACAAAGAUGUUACAGUUUUUCGUGCCUGGUAUAAGGCUUAGUUUGGUUGGAUUGACUUUUACUUACAAAUAUGUUGAACAACAUAGUAUUUACAUAUAUGAUGGUGUACAUACCUAAUUAAAAUCUUAGUGCUGAUAAUCCUGGCCUAUGGCUUGGGUUAAAAAUUUGCGUCUCAAUUUUAGAAGCCAUAGUUGUAAUCUAAUGACUAUUUCAGAUGUGCUAAAUUAUGUAAUAAAUCACGAGCUUGUAUAUUAUAUUAAUAAAUGAAAUAAAGUAAUUAACAAGUUACUAUAAUAUAGGCGGAAAUGCAAUAUUGUUAAAUGAAAAAAAGGAUUUAA